AUGGCCACAGACGCUGCAGAUGCGGGGGAGAAGAUCUCCGUUGUUGUCGAAUUCUCCGGUGGCCUGGAGAUGCUCUUCUCGGAUAAGAGGCGCCAUGCCCUCUCUAUCCCAGCGGUGAGCAAGGAUGGCAAACCCGCAACUAUUGGCUUUCUCAUCAACUAUCUUUGCGAGAACACCAUGAAGGACUCCAGGAAGGAACUUUUCGUUCUCGACGGUCACCUUCGGCCUGGCAUCCUUGCCCUUAUCAAUGAUGCAGACUGGGAACUCGAGGGCGAGGAGGCUUACGAAGUCCAAAGCGGUGACAACAUCCUCUUCGUCUCGACUCUUCACGGAGGUUAG